CUCGUUUCAUUCCAGUAAUCCCAACCUCCUACUGGAUUCACUGGGAAGAGUACACAGCACGGUUAGAGACAAGCACGGGAGAGACCAGCACGGGGCAGGGCUUUUAAAAAACUGGAUUAUUGGAUAUAUUUAGCCGAUAUUUUUUAACAGUACUGACAAGGAUUCCUUGCUACAUCAGAGAUUUACAUUCAUGAAGGAUGAGGGAAAGGGAAGGAAGGAAACGUUGUUUGGUUGACGUCCAAAAGCUACACACACACAGGACUCAAUGUCCCGUCUCCACUGAGGGCACCCUGUGUCUUUGUAUUGCCUCUUAAAUGUGUGGCAUGGUGUUGCUGUAGUGGACAGGACCACCACCGUAGGAUCUGCAGACAGUGACUCAGCCAGUUGAUCACCAUGAUCAGUCCCAGCUCAAAGCCUACCUGUAGCCCUGUCUGGCUCAUCUGUGUUCUCCUGGGCUUCUCGGCUGUACACACUCAUGCCAAAGAUGCCCUUACUGUACCCGAGCAGGUGAGCCUGUCAGCUGACAUGUACGCACAGCAACUAUCCAUAUCCUGGCUGGGAGGAGCAGCUGCAAACGGAACCUUUGACCUCAUGAUUUUAAGAACUGAACUCAACGAAACCGUCUUCUACGAGACGGUGUCUGUGACGGUGAAUCAGGUGAGCGGACGGCACCAGUGGAACUGGACCUCAGUUGAACCUCUGGAGUGCACCUCGCUGUCUAUCAAAAUCCGCUCACGAGAUGGACAGACAACAAGUGAAUGGAGUAACACUCAGAUACUUCAAGGAAGCGAUUUACCCAGCAAAGAGAAAUCCUCUAUGUUCCCUCAGGACAGGAUUGUAGCCGUGGGGUCCAACACCACCUUCUGUUGCAUUGUGGCAGAGGGGAAGCAGUUUGGUAGCAUCCGCUACGGCGAUACAGUCAUGAAUACAACGCGACUAAGCAGGCGGAGUUACGCCACUACAGCGAUUAAUCAGGGAAUGUUCUUCAGGACGGGAAACAACAUCCCCUGUUACGGCGAACCGAAGUCAUUGCUGACGGGAGCGGUGGUGUUUGUCGGAUAUCCACCACUGCCCACUGAUUUUGUGUGUGAGACUCGUGACUUAGUCUCAGCUGUGUGCCAUUGGAACAAAGGACGCGACACAAACUUGUAUGUGAAACGAGGAACACGCUACUUGCUGAACAACAGGAACUGUACUCUGAGCAGCCCACAGAAAUACAAGUUUGAGUGCACUGUGGCCCAGUGGGAGGGUAACUGGAGACUGGUAGCUGUGAAUCCUCUCGGCCAGUACAGCCUCACUGACUCGGCUGAGCUCAGUCACAGAGUGCGUCCAGUAGCACCGGAUAGCCUGAUCUCUGUUGUCAAUGCCUGGAAUGCCACUGUGCUGUGGAAGUGGAAGUACGAAAGCUAUUCCUCUCUGGCUCUUGUCUGCCAGGUAGAGCUUACCUCCCAAGGGUACAAAACAAAGCGUACCGUCUCUGGUGAGGGUCUGCGGAUGGUGGUUCUACCAGACCUGUAUCCCGAUGAGGAUUACAGUGUUCAAGUCCGCUGCGGUGCCCAGCAGAAUUUCUGGCAGUGGGGAAACUGGAGCGAACCAUAUUCCUUCAAAACCAGGACUUAUGUUCCAGAUGCUCCUGAUGUGUGGAUGUGGAUGAACAACGACUUCACUGGGCAGGUCAUUUGGAAGCCUCUGACACGAAGACAGAGCCAUGGUCUGAUCACAGGUUAUGAAGUAACUCUCUGGAGCCCUGAAGAAAAUUUACAGCACACAAGAAACCUUUCGCCGAAUACUUCUGCUGUACCAAUCGACCUCACACAGCUCAAGACCCUCAGCAGUGACAACAAGGUCAUGGCAACUGUCAUCGCAAAGAACGUUGAGGGGGUGUCUCAACCUGCAAGUGUACUUAUACCUCUACGUUUGACAGAUGUGGAACCCCAUGCUGUGUCCAGGGCAGUUUAUACGGACAGCGGUUUCCCUCUGUUCUGGCAGAGCGAUGCCAAUGCCACCUGUGCUUAUGUGGUAGAAUGGUAUGAUGCCUCCUGCAAGCGGGACUGCCCUGUAGACUGGAUCAAGGUGGCUGCCGGAAACACUAACAUCUCAAUUGAGUCAGCCGACUUCCAGCCGGGUGUGAGGUACAACAUUUCCCUGUACAGUAGCUCUUCAGAGGCCUCAGAGCUGCUGCAGCACUGGCAGGGAUACAUGCAGGAGCUGGUCCCUUCCAGUUCUGUCUCUCUGUCAACUGCUCAGCAGGACUCUGAUAUUCUCCUUACCUGGGGAGAGAUCCCGCUGGUCAACAGAAGAGGCUUCCUCCUGGGCUACAACGUGUACAUCAGUAGUGGCUCCCAGCUCACGCUUCUAGACAAUCUGCCAGACAUAGGAAGCAGGAGCUACACAGUAAAAGGUCUCCCUGAAGGCUCCUAUAAAUUUACUGUCAAGGCCUACACCUCAGCAGGCGAGGACACAGGCGCCACUGCCUCCAUAAUGCUGGAGCCAUACACUGAUUGGCUGAUCCUGGAAAUCUUGGCUGCCCUGGGAAUCUCAACCUUAUUCCUGGUCAUUGUCACCUUCGUUUGCUACAAGAAGAGGAAAUGGGUGAAAAAGGCCUUCUAUCCAGACAUACCUGAGCCCAAACUGCCUGGUGAUUGGUCCAGACCACAGGGGCCGUUGGAUGUGAAGCCAUCUCCCCACAGUCUGGUCCAUAUGGUAGAAAGGCCUGAGUGGGAUUCUAGUAAAGAAGUGCUCGUCGUCAUUCCUGAAGAAGACGAGGACGAAGAAGGGCAGGGGAUGGGAGACGAGCCAGUUGACACGGACGAGCCAACGUCAUUACGCUACUACAACCAAGUGGUGGAUGAGCGGCCCAUAAGACCACGUUACCCAGACUCCUCGGAUUCCUCUGCAUCCUCUUUGGAUUCAGCACGCACCGAUGUGACGUACACGGGGAUCCAGACCUCAGGAUCUUCACUGGUCUUCCAGCUGGAUCCACAGAGCUCUUCUGAGGGCCACCAACCCCCGGCUGAUCUGUCUGUCUUUGGAAGUGGAGGAGGAGGAGGAGGUUACCGGCCCCAGAUGCAAUCUAGAUCCCCAAUCGAUGACAUGGACCUAGCUUCACCUGAGCCUCUCCUAGAGCCCCAGGCUGCCAGUGCUGGGGGCUACAAACCCCAGAGCUCCUGGCAUUUGGACUCCCCCGUGGAGGCCGGGGAGAGUGGCGGCCUGGCACCCUCUCUCGGAUCCCCCACCUCGAUCGCUUCCACUCAGUUCCUCCUCCCUGAUGAGGAGGAACAUGCAGAGGAGAAACGACAGUCAUCAUCGGCAGCAACCUGGUUUUCCAACCUGCUGUCGUCCACAAAACCAUGAUAUCAUAUAUCUCUCACUACUAGCAGCCAGGCCGGGGGGGUUUAACAUAAAACUAUCAGAUUCAUUAGGGGUUACCAGUGUCAUGCAUCAAACAAGCCUAACACAUAUGGUCUUCUAGGUAAAUAUCCCCACUGAUGUAGCACUACAUUACUACAGUUGCACUCUGACAGCAGGUUAAUAAUGCUAUUUAAGAUGUUUACUCCAAACAUACAGAAAUAUAGCUUCUCUGUCAUGCAAAUAUCAUAGAUCAAAAUCUGUAUAUUUCUACAUCAAAACAUUUCUAUUCUAACGACAAAUCUCUUAAAAAGAUUUUCAACCUUAUUUAUUGCACCCCCCUGGCAACCCCCGCUGGCUGUUACGUCCCCUCACUGCCUUUUCUGUGACUCCCUAUAAUGGGCAUUUAGCGACGGCAUAUCCUGUAUUUCCGUUGAGUGCAUCCAGUUUUUAGCUUGAUGUUUUUUUUAUUUUUAGUGAUGUGAACUUUACUACACUACAGAAGAAAACUGAAAGCAAGAAGGUUUCAAACCAAAUGAUGGAACAAUAUAAGUAAAGGCCAUUUUUGGAAGAACACUACAAAAGAACAGUUUCAAUAGAAGGUAGCUAAGUAGACAGAAAAGCUCUGUUUACACUAUCCACGUCUUCUGCUGGUCCGCCAUCUGGAUAAUCUUGCCUGUUUUUAUGACAGCCGAUGAGCUACUGUAAGGAAAAGAGGCAUUUGGCUGUAAAUACAAAUGAUUUUAAAGGUAUGUAAAGAUGGCACUCUCCUGGAUCAAUACCGAGGUAGCUUCUAUCCUUACAGACAUGAUCUAUUUUUCACAAAUUACUGUCUGAACAGUGAGAUGUUAAUUGAAAGAUGCACUUGUGAAUGAGAACAGUGUUUAUUUUACACAGAUACAGGAGUGGUGCUGUCUGUUAAGGUCUGGAAUUGUGUGGGUGAUGAACCCCGUGGAUAUAUACACUAAUAUAAGCUAGAACAUGAAUACAAACUGAUGUAAUUUAAUGAGCGAACACACUAUUCUGUUACUUUUGGGUGCUUUUGUUGUUGUUUUGUCUUCCGAAACCAGUAGAGGUUUUUGUGCAGUAUUUCUUUUUUUUUCUUGUUAAGAAAUGCAUUACACAGUCAGGCCAGUGUUCCUUUUUUUUUUUAAAUGUGUCAUGCAUUAUCCUCAAGUUGAUGAUUGGUAUUGAACAAAUUAUGAGAAUUAACUAGGAUGGGUGAUUACAGUGUUCAAAUUGCCUUGAUAAAUGUAAUGCUUCCAGUCAUUUGCACCAUAUCACAUUUCACACACCGCCUUGCUCCUAAAUGUUUAUGUAUAAUGAAAAAGAAUAUCUCGCGAGUUCAGAACUAAUCAGAGAUGUAUUUUAUUGGACAUCCAGAUUCCACUGGCACUGAGCGUAACUAUCAAAGGAUUACCAAUUUAAUCAAUUUUAGUUACAUUUCUUUGGUUACAUUGUAAUUGCCCUCUCAGUAUAUUUGUGUGGUUGUGAAGAAUUAUUUUUUUCUCCGGUCAUUUUAAUUUUUAAGCUCAGAGAGAUGGCCGAUAAUCCGUUUGAUGUCCAUUUGCUGUGCCUGGAAGUUGGUUUAUUUGUGAAAUUAGUCACAAAUGUGACUAUUUAACUUUUAAUUGCAAAUUUGUCCUGGAGCCUGAAAAAGGGACCACAGGUAAAGCAUAUAUUGGGAAAUUAUAGAGAAUUUCCAGAAAUGCUAUCACUUAGCUUAUUUUUAUUUAUUUUUUUACAGAAAUAUGUGGAAAUGACCUUGUGAAUAUUGGUUGCUUGACAGCACUUUGGUAUCUCCAUUAUGGUGUCAAACACAGGCCACUAAUUGCCCAAGUAGUCUCCACAUACUCCAUUUGCUCUCAACUCGUGUACGGUGUGGGUGUUAAGGAUGCACCAUUGGCUACGCUUCCCAAAAGCAUCAUUAUGCAAAGAUUAUCCUCUGACAUUCUAUUAUUAAUCAUUAUUCUAUUAUUAAUGUUUAUUUUAUCAUAUUUUUCAGAGCCAGGCCCUUGCUCGCCUGUGUGGCAGCCUGUGGUCUGUUGUUUCUCAGUGCCUCCAGCCAACAAGCUUUAAGUAAAACUACUGUGACAUGAAUGAUGACUUACACUAAAAUGGACGGCUUCACUGAUGAACUGAUGACAGGCAGGGCAGUCUUAUUUGACUACUGAGAAAAAUGUAUCGCCUCUUUCUCUUUGUCUUGUAACACUGAUCUGAAUUUUAAGAGAAAUGGUUGAAAGAAUUAGUCAAAAGCUUCAAAUUAAGUUGCAUCGUGAGAUCGGUGAUCACUUCAAGGCAGAGGUAAAGGGCGGAUAUAGUUUUGAGUAUUUAAACGGGGCUGCCGAUUGUUUUCCUUUGAAGCCUGCUUUCUCAAACAAGCAUGGCUUUGGAGACUAACCUAUGAACGCUAUGUGUUACAUGCUUUUAUGUUGAUUUGGAUCAACAAACUGGCACCUUUUUAUUUUUCUCUAAAUCUUUGUUUUUAUACAAAUGUACAUAAUUUUCUUUCAUUUGUUUCCUUCUUACAAUACAAAAUUAUAUUCCCUAUACGACAACAAGCAGUUGGUGUUGACUAACCAGCUCUCUUGAGAGAAUAAAGGCAAAUGUUUGUGUUAUAAUGUCAACACCAGAUAUAUAGUCCUAUGAAAUGUAGAUGCAUCACACUUUGACUGUAUUUGUUGUGUGCUGCUUAAACACGUGGAAACCUUUUAAAGCGUGUCUGAAAAAUUAUGUAAACUGAAUUAAAAUUGUGACCCUGUCUUCUUAUAAUAGUUUAGCUUGCUUUGCAUUCCCAUCUUAUCACUACAGUGUCGCUUUGCCAGACACAUUGUAAGUAGGACUAGAGUACUCACCAUGCAGACUCAUACAUGGCAACUGCUGACAUGCAAUUUCCCCUUACCUUUUUCCAUUGUCCUUCCACAUUUUUGAUUGAAGUCUGUGUUUACUCUGUAGAACAUUAAGAUUUUGAUACAGCAGGGUACACUUGCUGCCUUACACAUCUUCAUCUCUGGCCUUGGAUGUUUUUGCAAAUAAAUGCAUGUUGUAUGAACUAUUACUAUAAAAACAGUGGCUCAUAAAUCUGUUAAACUCCAUGUUUAUGUUACCCUAUAGCUUUAAAACACUAACACUGACUAAUGUGCACGACAACAUGACUGAAGUAUUGUGCACAUUUCUGAAAAUGCUUUAAAUUUCAUAAUAUUUUGCAGAAUAUUUUACUAUUGAUUGAAUGACAGUGAAGUGCUCCUGAGUGAAUACAUGAAUGUUAACACUAAUAAUACAAAUUGAAACGCUACUUGUUUAAAUGCAAUAAAGUUAUUUGUCUGGCCAAAUG